AUGGACUAUUCGAACAGAGAUGAAAUUGACAAUUCAGGUCCACCUGAAAAUCAAGAGAACGAAGAACACGAUACUCACAACAUAUCAACAGCUAGUGCUGAUACUGUUUUCGAUGAACAUUCUAAUUCAAGCAACGCAACAGCUGUAUCAAAACGAGCUAUCGAUUAUUUCGACAUGAGCAACAUUAAAGAAACUGGCAGGGUUAAAUGUUCAAUAUGUUUCCAAAAAUACAAAAAUAAUCCGUUUUCGGAUAGUAACUUACGAAGUAAUUUGGGUUUCAAGCAUGGCUGUAAUAAUUAUUUAUAUCGAUCUCAAAUGAAACAACGUGUAAAUCGAGAAAACAAAUCUGCAAUUGCAUCACAUUUGAAGAAAGAACUUGAUGCUGCAGCCGUAAGAUGUAUUGUCAAAGAUGAUUUAUCUUUCGGAACAUUUCGGCGACCUGGUAUGAAAGAACUUUUGGAGAAACUCAGACCAGGCUACCGUGGUCCAACGCGACAAACUGUACGAAAACGCUUAGAAGGGUUACGUCUUACUGACCUUGGAUCUAUUUUUGACGAAUGGAUAGAUAACGACAAAGAUUAUGUAACUGAUGAUGAAGGUGGUGAAUAUGUAUCGACAUUAGGCGACGAAGAUCGUGAUGAUAGCGAUAGUGACUCGGAUUGCUCAGAUGACGACAAUAAUUCUUUAUCGGUUCAACCCCAGCAAGGUCGUCGAGCAAUUGAUGACGAAGAAGCUGAAGAAAUUAACCGGUUGUUAUGGGAUCCUGAUGAAUUGAAAAAACGGAUUUCUAUUUUAUUAGAAAAAAUUCGAAAACUGAUCAAAAUGAUAAACAAAUCGAGCAUUUUAACGUCGUUUGUUCGAAGCGAGGUUCAAUCAAAAUGA